AUGCCGUGGCAGGAAGUCAGCGGGCUCAAGGCCCUUGUGGGCCUAGGGCUGAGGUCAGGCAGGCGCCUCUGCGUCUGCUGGGCAAAGGUGGAAGGGGCACAGCCCGCCAGGGCCUUUCCCGGAGCAUGCGCAAACAGAGGCCUGCGAGGCGCUUCCGGGAGCUUACGCGAACGCGGCGCCCGCGCGGGGCGUGGCCUGCUGCCGCGCGCAGGCGCCGCAACCCCGGAAGUGCGCCGAGUCAGCCGUAAGGCAGACCGGGAGCGGUCGGCGCCUGGAUGGGCGUGGGCCGCGCGCACCGGUUCCCCGCACGUGGCUCGGCACGUGGCUGAGCGACUGGCCCCCGGCGCCCUGGAGCCGCCGGCCUCGGUUGCUGAGGCGGUGUCAUCCCUGACCCUCGUCGACGCGUUUAUCGCGACGGGCGAGAGCUCCGCCCCGCCGCCCCCCGCGCUCCCCAGCAGGUUCAUCUGCUCCUUUCCCGACUGCAGCGCAAGUUACAACAAGGCCUGGAAGCUAGACGCGCACCUCUGCAAGCACACGGGGGAGAGACCUUUUGUUUGUGACCAUGAAGGGUGCGGGAAAUCCUUUGUCAGAGACUACCACCUGAGCCGUCACACCCUGAUUCACACUGGAGAAAAGCCCUUCGUUUGUACUGCUAGUGGCUGUGAUCAAAAAUUCAACACAAAAUCAAACUUGAAGAAACAUUUUGAACGCAAGCAUGAAAAUCAGCAAAAACAAUAUGUAUGCAGUUUUGAAGGUUGUAAGAAGACCUUUAAGAAACAUCAGCAGCUGAAAAUCCAUCAGUGCCAACAUACCAACGAACCACUAUUCAAGUGCACCCAUGAAGGCUGUGGAAAACACUUUGCUUCACCCAGCAGGCUGAAACGGCACGGGAAGGUCCACGAGGGAUACAUAUGUCAAAAAGGAUGUUCCUUUGUGGCAAAAACAUGGACAGAACUUCUGAAACAUGUAAGAGAAACCCAUAAAGAGGAAACAAUAUGUGAAGUGUGCCAGAAAACGUUGAAGCGCAAAGAUUACCUGAAGCAGCAUAUGAAGACUCAUGCCCCAGAAAGGGCUGUGUGUCGGUGUCCCCGAGAGGGCUGUGGGAGGACCUACACCACUGUGUUCAAUCUCCAGAGCCACAUUCUCUCCUUCCAUGAGGAGAGGCGCCCGUUUGUGUGUGAACAUGCUGGCUGUGGCAAAACGUUUGCGAUGAAACAGAGUCUCUCGAGGCAUGCCAUCGUGCACGACCCUGACAGGAAGAGAAUGAAGCUCAAAGUGAAACGAGCUCGUGCAAAACGGAGUUUGGCCUCUCGCCUCAGUGGGUAUAUUCCUCCUAAAAGGAAACAAGAACAGGGCUUUUCGUUGCCGAUAGCUGGCAUGUCGCUGACCUGCGCAGAGGACAAGGUGCUCUCCACAGUUGCAGCGCUUGCCCUCAGCUAAGCAUCCAGCUCCUUUCUUUCCAGGACGACAGACCAGCCAGCUCAGCUACAGGCAGACCUGAGAUACUGGCGUGGGUUCCAGACCACCGCAGUAAAGCGAAUAUGCAAUAAAGCGAGUUGUAAUGCUUUUGCUGGUGGAGGGUCUUGCUUCCAAUUUGUAAAAAACUGCAGCAUCUGCGAAGCAUAAUAAUGCAAAAAAAGGACGAAUGUCUCUUUCAGAGGCACAUUUUUCUUUAUUAAAUCACUGAUGCAGGACA